UCGCUCGCGUGCUCCGCCCCACCAUUCCCCCACUCCCCCUCCCCACCCCGCCCCGCCCGAUGGCGACCGCCGAGCCGGGCCCGCUCAGGCCCGCCUGCGCCGUCACCUUCGGCCGCUCCACGCUCCUCGGCCGCCACCUCGCGGCCGCGCUCGCCGCCUCCGGCCGCUGGUCCGCCGUCGCCGUGCUCGACCCCUCCUCCCCGGGCGCCGCCUCGCCGACCGCCCACGUCGCCGUCGACCUCUCCGACCCCGCGGCGGCGCUCGGCCCCGCCCUCGCCGGCGUCGCGGCCGUCUUCCACGUCGACCCCACCUCCGCCGCCGACGCCGCAGGCGACGGCUCCUUCCUCUCGCUCCACCGCGUCGCGGCCGAGGGCACCAGGCGCCUCCUCGCCGCCUGCCGCGCCAGCGGCGUGCGCAGGGUCGUCUACACCGGCUCCGCCGACGCCGUCGCCGCCGCCGCGCUCGAUGUGGUCGACGCCGACGAGGACUCGGUGCCGUACCCCGACAAGUUCGGGAGCGCGGUCAGCGAGCUCAGGGCGCAGGUCGAGAUGAUGGUUCUGAGCGCGGAUGGGAGUGACGGGAUGCGGACGUGCGUGCUACGCCCCAGCAAUCUGUUCGGGCCAGGGGAUUCGAGUUUGGUGAGGUUCGUUGCUGGAUAUGCAAGGUCCCCCUUGGGCAAGUUUGUAAUAGGUAGUGGAGGUAACAAGUCUGACUUUACGUAUGUGGAAAAUGUGGUACAUGCCAACAUUUGCGCUGAAGAAGCUUUAUGUUCAAAUGCUGCUUCUGUUGCUGGAAAGCCUUUUUUUGUUACUAAUGGUGAACCUAUUGGAACGUGGGAGUUUGUGUCCUGCAUGAUGGAAGCCAUGGGUUGCCAAAGGCCCAGAGUUAAUCUUCCUGCCAAGAUGUUAUUGUUUGCUGCCCAGUUCUCCAAUAUGAUUCAUCACAGAUUGGGUUUGCAAAUGUCAUCCGCUCCACCUCUCUAUCCUGAUGCAGUAUACUUCUUGUCACACACAAGAACUUUUAACAUUUCCAAAGCUAGAAGGCAACUUGGAUAUGCCCCAAUUGUAUCAUUGGAGGAUGGAAUCAUGAGAACUGCUGCGUCAGUUUCGGAACUACAAGAUAAUUUGGGUAUAUCUAGGAAACAAGGUUCUUGUGGAUCAUCGAAAGCAGAUAAGCUGCUUGGGAGUGGAGUAGCCGCUGAUAUUCUCCUUUGGAGGGAUGAAAAGAAAACCUUCUCAUAUAUCACACUACUGUUUCUGCUGUUCUACUGGUUCUUUCUUUCAGACAGAACUUUUGUCUCUUCGUCUGCCAAAAUUCUUCUAGUGAUCUCCCUGGCUCUUUACAUCCAUGGUGUCCUACCUUCAAAAGUGUAUGGUUUUACAGUAGAGAAGGUAACUCCUGAUUGUUUUGAAGUAUCAGACUCAACAUUGAGGAAUCCAAUCAUGUGCAUGGUUUCUGUAUGGAAUGGAGGUAUUCAUAAACUGAGGGUUCUAGCGGAAGGUGAUGACUGGGGUACCUUCUUAAAGGCUGUUGCUUCCUUGUUCUGUGUCAAAGCAAUGUUGCACUUCCAGUUUAGAACGCUAAUUGGUCUUGCGCUAGCAUCCUUGUUCAUUGUCUUCAUUGUCUACGAACAAUGUGAGGAUGAGAUUGACGCUUUAGUAGCUAUGGCAUCUGUCAAAAUCAAAUCCCUAGUGGAGAGAGUGGUUAGAGAACUGCCGGCUGUUCGAAAUGCGCUGGUCCCUUCGAAGGCGUCUUAUAUUUUACAGAUAAUGUUGGCCAUGACAGUUUGACGCUUUGUGGGCUGCAGCAUGCUCAGUUCGCGCACUUUCUCGAUUUCUGCUGCAGUUGUCCAAGAUACUUGCCCCAACAAGUUUCGGUGAAGUGUGAAGUCCAGCUGACUGGAGAGGAACGCCUGUUCAUACAUUGGAACAUUUUGGCAAUGUGUGUAGUGUGUAUCUAACGUUUUCAUUCAAGAACUCCAUCUCCCUGCUUAGUUGUAGCUCCUUACUCAGUACUUAAGUUUUCAUCUCGAAAAGAUGUCUCGUUGAUCGCUCACAGAA